AUGCUGGCGGCAGCGGGUAUGCCGCUGGACCUCGAGCGGGAGGCGCUCCUGCAAAAGGCGCUGGCCGCGGAGAGGGACGCGGCCGCCGCGCGCGCCGCGCUGUCCGCCGCGCGCCUGGAGGCGGAGGAGGGGCGCAAGCGUGCCGACGAGCUGCAGGCGGCGUGGCAGUGCCGCGUGUGCUUCAGCGCAGAGUGCGACGCCGCGUUCGUCGCGUGCGGGCACACGUUCUGCCGUGGGUGUGUGUCUAACUUGGCGCGCUGCCCUGUGUGCCGCAAGGCCAGUCAGCGCGUGCGACUUUACAAGUGA